GCAACCAUCGCAGCUGCAAUUAACGUUAGUAGCAUUUCCUCGCGAAAUCGAGGUGUUCCAUGUAGAAACAGCGGCCAAGUUUUGCAAACGGACGCAGAUUUUAGCAGGAAUAAAAUUAACGUUAUUUUUUUAAGGAUCCGCGUUUUAAUGCGAAUAUGUUGCACCUGCCGGUAUAUCUCAUGAACCGAUGUAACCUGGUGGUUACCACAUAAGUUUCACAAGUUGCGACGUCAUGUGCUCUUGAAUGAAGAGGAAGCUUUGCUGAGCCAACAGUGUCUUACAUUUGGUUCUCCAACCGAGGUUUCAAAGCCAUGAGUCAUGUGGAUCUGAAAGUGGUUCUUCUAGGCAAGGAGUACGGUGGCAAGACGAGCCUGGUCGAGCGCUACCUCUACGACCGUUUUGAUGCAGCUACUCCUUAUCAGAAUACAAUAGGCGCUGCUUAUGGUGCAAAGCAGAUCGCCGUGCGAAAUCGCAAGAUCACCCUUGGAAUCUGGGAUACGGCUGGCAGUGAGAGGUAUGAGGCUAUGAGCCGAAUCUACUAUCGGGGGGCAGGUGCUGCUAUUGUCUGCUUUGAUCUCACUGACCGGGAAAGCUACCAGAAGGCCAAGUUCUGGGUGGAUGAACUGCGCAAGCAUGAAGAGAAGUGCCACAUCUUCCUUUGUGGCACUAAGAAUGAUUUAAUCAAAGAAGAAGGCAGGUUCAGGGCAAUCAGUUACCACGAUGUGCUGGAUUAUGCUGAUGAAAUUGGGGCCAAAAUGUUUGAAACCUCUAGCAAGACAGGAGAAGGCAUUG